GCCGCGCGCCCGGGGCCCUCCGGACGAGCCUGGGUGACUCUGCGUGCCCGGGGCGCCGGCGCUUGGUCGUCACCCCCUGGCUGGGGCGACCGCUCCUGGUCCCUGGUGGUCCCCGGUGGCCCCCAGUGGUCCCCUGACGGGCGUGACCCCAGGCGCCCGGCCCCCGGCGGGAGUCCGGCCCCGAGCUCGCCGCUCACCUGCCCUGCGCAGCCCUGAACCGUGGCGGGUGGGGUCGGCGUCCGCGCCUCCUUUAAGCCUCACCCCCUCUGGUGCGGUGCCUGCUGCCUCCAGGCACCCAGGGGCUCCGAUCGUGUCCUCAAGGUCACUCGGAGGUGUGACCCUGCGCGAGGGCGCUGUCCCUCGUGCCGCCCAGGUGGUCUGAGCGCCAGGGCAGGAGUGAUGAUGCCCCGUCUGGUGCCCAGGUGGCCUGUGUGGCUCUUCUGCUGGCGGGCAGCCUGUGUCCAGGGAGCCUCCGUGCGACAGAGGAUGUGGGCAGGACCGUCCAAGAUCCCUGGGCCGGGCGGCCUGCGAGGGGUCUGGGGCACCGGCCCCCUGGUUCGACGAGGCAGCUCCUCGGCCUCCUCCCGUGCUCCUGAGGUGACGCUGACCCCAGAGCGCUACCCUGUGCGGCGGCUUCCCUUCUCCAUGGUGUCUGAGGACGAUCUGGCUGCCCUGGAGCACAUCGUCCCUGGCAGGGUCAUCACAGACCCGGAGGAGCUCGAGGCUCCCAACGUGGACUGGCUGAGGACGGUCCGAGGCUCCAGCAAGGUGCUGCUGAGACCCCGGACGACCCAGGAGGUGGCACACAUCCUCAGGUACUGUCACGAGCGGAACCUGGCCGUGAACCCACAGGGGGGCAACACGGGCAUGGUGGGCGGCAGCACGCCGGUCUUCGACGAGAUCAUUGUGUCCACUGCCCUCAUGAACCAGGUCCUCAGCUUCCAUGACGUGUCAGGGGUCUUGGUCUGCCAGGCGGGGUGUGUUUUGGAGGCGCUGAGCCAGUACGUGGAGGAGCGGGGCUUCGUCAUGCCUCUGGACCUCGGGGCGAAGGGCAGCUGCCACAUCGGGGGGAAUGUGGCCACCAACGCGGGCGGCCUGCGGUUUCUGCGAUAUGGCUCCCUGCGGGGGACAGUCCUGGGCCUGGAAGUGGUGCUGGCCGACGGCACCGUCCUGAACUGCCUCACGUCUCUGAGGAAGGACAACACGGGCUACGACCUGAAGCAGCUCUUCAUUGGGUCGGAGGGCACCCUGGGGGUCAUCACGGCCGUGUCCGUCUUGUGUCCACCCAAGCCCAGCGCUGUGAACGUGGCCUUCCUGGGCUGUCCGGGCUUUGCUGAGGUUCUACAGACCUUCCGCACCUGCAGGGCGAUGCUGGGCGAGAUCCUGUCUGCGUUUGAGUUCAUGGACGCUGAGUGCAUGAAGCUGGUCAGGCUCCACCUCGGUCUCUCCUGCCCCGUGCAAGAAAGCCCCUUCUACGUCCUCGUCGAGACUGCGGGCUCCGGGCCAGGGCACGACGCUGAGAAGCUGGGCCGCUUCCUGGAGCAGGUGCUGGAUUCAGGGCUGGUGACCGACGGGACCCUGGGCAGCGACGAGAGGAGGAUCAAGAUGCUGUGGGCACUCAGGGAGAGGAUCACCGAGGCCCUGAGCCACGACGGCUACGUCUACAAGUACGACCUCUCGCUGCCCCUGGACAGGCUCUACGACCUUGUGGGUGACCUGCGUGCCCGACUCGGCCCGAGCGCCAAGCGCGUGGUGGGCUAUGGCCAUCUGGGGGACGGCAACCUGCACCUCAACGUGACGGCCGAGACCUUCAGCGCGUCCCUGCUGGGCACCCUGGAGCCCUAUGUGUACGAGUGGACGGCAGGCCAGCAGGGCAGCGUCAGCGCCGAGCACGGCCUGGGCUUCAAGAAAAAGGACGUCCUCGGCUACAGCAAGCCCCCCGAGGCGCUGCAGCUCAUGAGGCAGCUCAAGGCCCUCCUGGACCCCAAGGGCAUCCUGAACCCCUACAAGACGCUGCCCACCCACGCCUGAUGGCCCCUUGCAGCCAGACCGGGGGGCCUCCAUUCGGUCUUGGCAUUGCCCGUGGGGUGGGCCUGCAGAGCCUCCAACCCACAGAGCCAGCAGCAGGCUGGACGACUGGCUGCUUGGUCCAGGGGCCCGAAGCUGGCCCCAUGAAGCCCAGGACACAUGGCUCUCUCGGCAGGAAUCUUCUGGAGCCCCGCUGUUCUGUUGGGUGGGCCGAGUGCAGAGGGCCGCCUGUCCACUAUUGCCUGCCCGCUGGACAGACACUCCAUGCCUCCGCAGGUCCUGGACAGGCUGGGUGGGUGCACAGUUCUGCCCACUCAGAGUCGACCAGGUCACUCCUGCUUGCUUGCCUGUGGCCUGCGGGAUCCCGCCUUGUGGGGUACAUCCCUGAGAGGGCGGUCCUACCACUGGCCCCCCACUCAGCGCAAGCCUCUGAGGGGCCCCAGGCAGAGGGAAUGAACUCCACGUGGGUAACGGGGCACUGAGGCGGGUCUAUUCGCGCUCUGACCAGCAGAGCUGAGACAUUGGGCACUUUCUGGACAACAGCCGGUCCCCUUUGAGCCAGAGGGACGGGUGUGCCCUGCCCUGGGUGUGUCAUGUCCCUGUUUGCUGGAAGGCCCGGCGGUUCAGAAGCCAGCCACCCGUUUCUCGCACUUGCUGUGACGCGUCCAUGGAGAUGUCUUUCCGGUUCUGCUCUGACCACAAACGUCAGUAGUGCCGGGUGAGAAGCCCUGCCAGCCACAGGCAUCCUGUCACCCCGAGCAGGUGCUCCCCCGUUGACCUUGGUCCCCUGGAGCAGCUGCUGGGGCUUGGAGACGGUCUGAGAGGCUGGACUCGCCUUCUUUCUGGUGCAGUGAGCUUCCAAUAAAAGUGAUUAACCAGG